AUGCCUGAUAAAUCUACCAUAUCCGCCACAUUUACCUUACCCGCAACAUCUACCAUACACACCACAUCUACCAUUCACACCUUAUCUACCGUACCUGAAACUUGUACCUUGAAUGCCACAUCUACCAUGCCUGACACAUCUACCAUUCCUGCCCCAUAUACAAUACCCACAACUAACAUUCCCGAUAUAUCUAUAAUACCCGAUACAUCUACCAUACCCACAACAUCUACCAUACCAACCACAUAUACUCUACCCGCAAUAUCUACAAUACCCAAUAAAUCUACCAUAUCCGCCACAUAUAACAUUCCCGAUAUAUCUACAAUACCCGACAAAUCUACCAUACCCACCAAAUCUACCAUACCCGACACAUCUCCAAUACUCGAUUCAUCUACCAUUCCUGCCCCAUCUAACAUUCCCACUACAUCUAUCAUACCCGAUAAAUCUACCAUACCCGCCACAUCUACCAUGCCCACCACAUCUACCAUACCUGUCACAUCUACGAUACAAACCACAUCAACCAUACCCGCCACAUCUACCACGCCCGCAACAUCUACCAUGCCCGUUAUAUGUUCAUUACCGACCACAUCUACCAUCCACGACACAUCUACCAUACCCGCCACAUCUACCAUAUCCGAUAUUUCUACCAUAUCCGAUAUUUCUACCAUAUCCGAUACUUCUACCAUACCUGCUUCAUCUACCAUACCCGCCACAUCUAUUAUACACGCCUCAUCUACCAUGCCCGCCAAAUCUACCAUACCCGAUAUAUCUACGAUACCCGAUAAAUUUACGAUACCCGACAAAUCUACCAUGCCUACCAAAUCUACCAUACCCGACACAUCUCCAAUACUCGAUACAUCCACCAUUCCUGAUGCAUCUACCAUUCCCGCAACAUAUACAAUAUACGAUAAACAUACCAUAUCCGCCACAUGUACCAUACCCGAUACAUCAUCUAUACCCAUCACAUCUACCAUACCCGCUACAUCUACCGUACCCGAUACAGCUACCAUGCCCACCACAUCUACCAUACCCGCCACAUCUAUCAUACCUGCCACAUCUACCAUACCCGCCACAUAUAACAUAUCCGCUAUAUCUAACAUACCCGAUACUCAACAAUAG